UCGUACGCGUCGCGACGCCUGGCGUCGAACGCGCCAGUGCCAGUAGACGGCGAGCCGCGUUCUACGACGGACGUAACGUCGAGUCUUACUACUUGCACGGUCUGACAAAUGUAGGGACGAAUCCCGCGCACGGCUCCGCUUUUACGCUUUAACGCAACAUCGCGCGCGCGAAAAAUACUAUUCGUGUCACAAAUACUAUUAAUUCGUGUGUUCGAACGUGUUUUUCCGCGAUUGAUUCUUCUCAAAGAGAGAAAGGAGCGUUUGAAAGUUUGUUGCGCAAAAGUUUAAAAAAAGAAGAUAAAUCAGAGAUAUAUUGAAAGCAAUAUAUCAUAUCGCUCGGAUAUUCCCAUUUCCUCCUACGUGAAGAUCAACGAUCAUAGUAUUUCGCCAUAGUCUCCUGAUCUAACGAAUUUUUCUGUACGAACGAUAUUUGUAACAAACUUGGUACGAGUCAUUGUAAAAUGUUUCGUGGAAAUAACGAAAAGUGAACGACGGUGAAAAUGUAACACGAUUGAACGAAACACGAACAGAAAAGACUCCGGUCAAAGUCGCAGAACGUAUAGGUGAUAUACGUGAACGAAAUUAAAAGUGUGUGUGUGUGUGUGUGUGUGUGUGUGUGUGCGCGUGCGUGUGUGUGUGUAUUGCCUGUUGGGCCUUUGUGACCGCGCUCAAACGAGAAAGGACGAAGAGAUGGCGGAAAACGACAGCGACAUUAUACCGAAAACCAUUGUGAUUCGAUCCGAGAACGAGGAGCGGCAAGAGGAACUAUAUCCCAUUACGGUGGAUUGUAAGAACGUAACAAUGGAUAAUUGCGAUAUGAAAGACGAGAAGACGGCAAAUGAAGAGCGACAAGAGGAGGAAGAGGAGAAAGAAGGUAAAGAGGAGACCAAAAUGGGCCAAGCAAAAGGAUUGCAAAUACAGAUACAGGCGCAAGUCCAGCGAACCGACUAUGUCGAUAUGCAAGCCGACAGGAAAGUCGAUACAAGCCCGGAUCGCAUGUCGGAUUCUGCAUUCAGUAGUCAAAGAGUAUACAAGAAAUCAUCACCGAAUAAUAAAUUGACACUUUACCUAGCUAGUAGAGAUCUUAUUGUCAGUGAAGCCAAAAUCGACCAACUCCAAGGUGUUCUCUUGGUUGAUCCCGACUAUUUACAGGAAAAAAGGGUGUUUGGUCAAGUUACGCUGACUUUCCGAUAUGGAAGAGAAGACGAAGAAGUAAUGGGUCUAAAAUUUUGCAACGAAGCAGUCAUGUGUUUAGCCCAAUUGUAUCCGCCAUAUACAGGCUCUGAUCAUCAGGAAAGUACACCAUUACAGGAAGCACUUGUCAAAAGAUUAGGACCCAAUGCUCACGCAUUCACAAUGGAAAUCACACCAUUAGCCCCACCAUCUGUGCAACUGGUACCAGCUAAAGAAUACAAUGGUGCACCUAUUGGUACCAGCUAUGAUGUCAAAGCUUAUGUCGCGGAGCGAGCAGAUGAGAGAUUGCACCGUAAAACCACGGUCAGAAUGGGCAUUCGGGUGAUCCAGCGUACCGCAAAGCCACCUUUACCCUCAACAACUAUGUACAGCGUACUUCCCUCUCAAGUGCCAUCAAUUGGCUUGAGAAUUCAGGGAUGCAAAACAAGAGGGGAAUCCGCAGAAAAUGAAAUUAUCGACGACGAUGAAAACGUAGGACCACAUGCAGCAGUGGAAAAGCCAUUUUUAUUAAGUGACGGUCGUAUCGGAUUGGAAGCAAGGCUAGAUCGUGCGAUUUACGCUCAUGGAGACUCAAUCACUGUCCACAUCAAUGUCAACAACAAUAGCAGCAAAUCCGUAAGAAGAAUAAAGGUAUUUGUCGUACAACAUGUAGAUGUUUGUAUGUUCAGCAACGGCAAAUUCAAAAAUGUUGUGGCCCUUGUGUCUUCACAAGAAGACUGCCCUGUGGGUCCAGGCAAUACUUUGAAAAAAAGCUACGCUCUCAGACCUAUUAAAGGUUCAACCAAAAAUUGGAUCGCCUUAGAGGACAGCUACACUAAAACUGGAGCAACUUUGGCAUCAACGAUCAUUUGUCCCGGGAACGGAACUGAUGACAGAAAUGUCUUUGCGAUUUACGUAUCUUAUUAUGUAAAGGUCAAAUUGCUGAUUUCGGCAAUGGGUGGUGAAGUUUCUUUGAAGUUACCGUUCGCGCUCAUGCACAGUAACACAGAUCCGGAUCUCGUAGGAUUCCCGUCUCCCAUUCGAGAAUCGCCAAAGCAAUUAGGAAGAAACAUAAAUGAGAUUACAGAGAGACCAAGCAAACAGGAUAGUAAUAACCACAGGAAUAAGGAAAAUAAGCUGGAGGCUAUUAAAGAGCAAAAGGAGUCGAGAGUGACUGAUGUGGACCUAAUAGAACACUGUGAGGAAAGUGACAGUAUCUGAGAGCGGGCGCAACGAGACGAUGCAACGUCACGGCCGUCUUUUAGGAAAAGCAGCGAUACAAAGACCAUGAAAAAUUCGAAUCAUAAGACAUGCAGACUCAGCGUUACCAUUCAGAGAGCUUGGUGCUGCUUCAGAAGAGCCUCUUAGUAAAACGAACGAAUAUUAUUAAAUAUUCAAAUCUCAGAGUAUCAAACAGUAAUGACUGAUGACAUCUAAUUUACACUGUCAUUAUAAUUCGUUUUAUUUUUUUUAUCGGGAAAAAUAUAUACUACUAAAAAAAUAGGAAAUACUUUUUAUACCCUAAAACUUAAACUAUUUUUUAAAUCACUGAAACUCGACGAAAAAUUAUCAUAGAUAAAAAAUUAAAAUAGUAAUUUGAAGCUUAAAGUUUGAAUUUUAAUGUGCUAUCAAUAGUUUAAAAAUUUUUUAUAUCUUUCUUACUCUGUGUUUUCAAAAAAGAACAUAUUGAUUUAGCCCUUAAAAUUACAUAUAUUCGAUAAAAAUUUUUUCUCGAAAAAUUUAAUUUACGUUUCAUAAACUACAAUAUUUGACACAAAACGCUUUUUUUACAUUUUUUACUGAGUUACACGAUUUUAAAACUAAUCUGUAUGUGUGAGUUACAGAAUAUAAAAAAUAUGUAAUUUUAAGGAACAAAACAAUGUCUUUUUUGUUCACGAAAACAAUGUCUUUUUUAAAGCACAGAACAAGAAAGAAAAAGAAUGCAAAAGUUCACAUAACGCAUUGAAGUUAAAACUUCUAAAAUACUUUUUUAAAUUUUUUCUCUACAAUAAUUUUUCGUCGAGUUUUAGCAGUUAAAAAAAAGCCCAAUUUUUAGGGUGUGAAAAGUGUCCUUUUUUAAAGUAUCUUGUACAGAUAGGAAUUGCACUGAUGGAAAAAUGAAUAAUCCAUACCAAAUCUUAUAAAUUCUCACUAUUUUUACGGCUACAAAAAUAAAUGUGAAUUUCAUGUUUUAGAGAAAAUAAAAAGUAUAGAGUUCAGGAGUUUGUUAGAUUAAUCUUAGAAAAUAAUAAACAACUUAUUGCACUUUUCAUGAAAAAAUAAUUUGACAGAAAUGCGAUUAUAAUUAAAUAAUCGUAGGAUGCUUUCCAGCAAUUAAACACACUCAUACAUAUAUGUGACACAGUGUCACUUGUAGCUGGAACGUUGCUUAGUUAGUUUUUUUUACCGCAAAAGUGCAAGACAGUUACUUUAUAGAUCUUUUUCAAAGUUAGUUUCAAAGUUAGUUUUCAAAAUUAGUUUUUAAAGAAUUUUUUUAAUUUUUAAGUUUUUUUUAUUUUUUAAAAGUUUACUGCCUAUCGCUCCGAAAAAAGUAAUCAAAUAUAAAAAUGUCGGUAUUCAUGGAGUGACACAAAACGACUACGCAGUCGAACACAGGAUUUUAGCUGUGUCGAUUUAUGUCCGUAGUUGAAAAUCAUCGUACACUGUAUUACGCUUUAUUUGUAUGCAUCAUCUGUAUGCAUUGCUGAAAAGCACCUACAGUUUAUAAACUACUGAAUAUCAAAAAUUGCACCAUGUACUGAUUUCGAAUUAUCGUGCAGCUUAUGAUAAGAUUUGAUCGCUCUCGAUAAAAGAGGAACAUUUAAAUAAUUAAAUGUCAUUGCUGUAAUUAAAUGUUUGAAGUUGUAAACUAUUAGAAAGUAUCAUAUAGACGUCAUGCUUACAACAAGAAAAAAGAUAAAAAUUGAAAAUAUCUAUUAAUGAUAAUGUUAUUUUAAAAUUUUUACUGCAAAAAGGAAAAAUCUCCCAAAAGAUAUAUUCCUAUAUA